AUGUCCCAAAUUCGGGGCCUCGUCAGACUCUCUCGGCCAGGGUCAUCUCCAGCUCAAUGGCUAGGAAGAGCACACGACAUUCGCCGCUAUUCCGCGGCUGCGGUCAGCGGCAACCCUUUACCUCUUGAAGGAUAUCGUGUGUUGGACAUGACAAGAGUGUUGGCCGGUCCAUACUGCACUCAAAUUCUGGGAGACCUUGGCGCCGAAGUCAUCAAGAUCGAGCACCCUACGCGAGGAGAUGACACCAGAGCAUGGGGCCCUCCAUAUGCUAAAUACAAGCCGGACUCUGGCCGACAAGGCCCUGGUGAAUCUGCCUAUUUUCUCGGGGUCAACCGUAACAAAAGAUCUCUGGGGCUAUCUUUUCAGCACCCUCAAGGCGUCGACAUCCUUCACAAGCUAGCAGCGAAAUGCGACAUCCUGGUUGAGAACUACCUCCCCGGCACGCUGUCCAAGUAUCAGAUGGAUUAUGAGAGCCUACGAAAGAUCAACCCCGGGCUCAUCUACGCCUCUAUUACGGGCUACGGCCAGACCGGCCCUUAUUCGAACCGCGCCGGCUACGACGUCAUGGUCGAGGCCGAGUUUGGCCUCAUGCACAUCACAGGCUCGCGAGAUGGCCCGCCAGUCAAGGUGGGCGUGGCUGUCACUGACUUGACCACGGGGCUUUACACGAGCAACAGCAUCAUGGCGGCGCUGCUGUCGAGAGCCAAGACGGGAAAGGGUCAGCAUAUCGACGUGGCAUUGAGCGACUGCCAGACAGCCACCCUGGCCAACAUUGCGAGCAGCGCUCUGAUAAGCGGCAAAAGGGACAGUGGCAGAUGGGGAACUGCGCAUCCGUCCAUUGUUCCGUACAGAGCGUUCAAGACAAAGGAUGGUGACAUUCUCAUUGGUGGUGGCAACGACCGGCUGUUUGGCAUUCUCUGCGAUGGAAUCGGCAAAUCGCACUGGAAGGACGACGUCAGGUACAAAACGAAUGCCGACCGAGUCGCUCAUCGAGACGAACUCGAGGCAGAGAUUGAAGCCAUCACGCAGCAGAGGACAACGAAGGAGUGGCUGGAUGUCUUUGAGGGCUCCGGGAUGCCUUAUGCCGCCAUCAACGACAUCCAGGGCACGCUCAACCACAGCCAUACUAAGGCCCGCGAGAUGGUCAUUGAGAUUGAUCACGAGUAUUGCGGCCCGAUCAAAAUGGUCAACACGCCCGUCAAGUGGUCGGAAACUCAGCCCAGGGUCAGGACUCCUCCUCCGGUGCUGGGUCAGCAUACGGAUGAGAUCCUCAGCGAGCAUCUUGGGCUGAGCGAGGAGGACAUUGCGGCAUUGAAAGACCAGGGAGUGGUGCGAUAGAUGAUUGAGAUU